AACUGUUAUAAAUCUAAAUGGAUGAUAGCGUUUCUGGCACUCCCUUUUCCUUGAUUAUUGAUGAAAAAGUUAAAAAGUGCAGUGUAAAUUGCCUAAUAUGCUUACCCAGUAGCCAGUGUAAUCCUCUGCAUAAAAUGAAACAUUGAUUUGCUGCGUGAAAUUAGUACUGGAGCGUAGCAAUAAUAAGAAUCACAUCAACCAUGUCCAGAUCAGUUCAUAUCAGCCAGCAAAAGCUGGCUGAAAAACUCAUCAUACUGAAUGACAGGGGGAUUGGAAUGCUGACUCGCAUCUACAACAUCAAGAAAGCGUGUGGAGAUGCCAAAUCUAAACCUGGUUUCCUGUCUGACAAGGCCUUAGAAUCCUCUAUUAAGAACAUUGUUAGAAGAUUCCCCAGCAUUGAUGUCAAAGGCCUCCAAGCUAUUACCAACAUCAGAAAUGAAAUCAUCAAGUCUCUCUCAUUGUACUAUUACACAUUUGUAGAUCUUUUAGAUUUCAAAGACAAUGUGUGUGACCUCCUCAACAUUUUAGACUCAUGUCAGGUCACAUUGGACCUGACUUUAAAUUUUGAACUGACAAAGAAUUAUCUUGAUCUGAUCACCACUUACAUUUCAUUGAUGAUUUUACUCUCAAGAGUAGAGGAUCGUAAAGCAGUGCUGGGCUUGUUCAAUGCUGCUCAUGAAAUGGUUCACAAUCAAAUUGAUCAAAGUUUCCCACGCUUGGGACAAAUGAUACUAGAUUAUGAUGCUCCAUUAAAGAAGCUGUCUGAAGAAUUUCUGCCACAUCAGAAGGUCCUUUCCAGUGCCCUUAAUUCAUUGUGGCAAGUGUACCCUGCAAGAAAUCUAACAGCUGAACACUGGAGAUCUGAACAAAAGUUAAGUUUGGUCAGCAACCCAGCACAACUGCUGAAACCUUCAGAAACAAACACCAUGUCCUGUGAAUAUGUAUCACUGGAAUGUCUGGAGAGAUGGGUCAUAUUUGGUUUUGCUAUCUGUCACCAAAUGCUGCAACAAGAUCAUGCUAACAAAAUGUGGGUGAGUGCCUUAGAGUCGGGUUGGGUUGUAGCUCUGUUCCGUGAUGAAGUUAUCUAUAUCCACAGCUAUAUCCAGAGUUUCUUUGAUGGUAUAAAGGGUUAUGGUAAACGAAUUUCCGAAGUGAAAGAUUGCUAUCACCAUGCUGUACAAAAAGCCAGCUACAAGCACAGGGAGAGGAGGAAGUUCCUAAGGACUGCCCUUAAGGAACUGGGUCUCAUAUUGACUGAUCAGCCAGGGUUAUUGGGACCCAAGGCAUUGUUAAUUUUUAUUGGUCUCUGCUAUGCUAGAGAUGAAGUAUUUUGGUUAUUAAGACACAAUGACAAUCCACCACAAAAAGUAAAAGGAAAAGCCGCUGAAGAUUUAGUUGACCGUCAGUUGCCAGAACUUCUGUUCCACAUGGAAGAGCUGAGGGCUCUCGUAAGGAAGUACAGUCAGGUCAUGCAGAGAUACUAUGUUCAAUAUCUGUCAGGUUUCGAUGCUGUAGCUCUAAACUUGAUGAUACAGAAUUUGCAAGUCAAUCCGGAUGAUGAGAAUACAAUUCUGUCUUCACUGUGUAGUACUGCCGGGAAUUUAAGCGUGAAACAAGUUGAAGAUAAUGAAUUGUUUGAUUUCCGCGCAUUUCGUCUUGACUGGUUCCGGCUUCAAACAUACACGUCGGUUGCUAAGUGUGCUUUUAACCUUGUCGAUCAGAGAGAACUCGCACAGUUCAUAGAUAAAAUGGUGUUCCAUACAAAAAUGGUUGAUAAUCUUGAUGAAAUUAUGGUGGAGACGUCUGACUUAUCCCUUUUCUGUUUUUACAGUAAAAUAUUUGAAAGUCAAUUCCACAUGUGCCUUGAGUUUCCGGCCCAAAAUCGUUACAUCAUCGCAUUCCCCCUGAUUUGCAGCCACUUCCAGAACUGCACUCACGAGCUAUGCCCGGAAGAAAGACACCACAUUCGAGAGCGAAGUCUGUCUGUUGUAAACAUAUUUCUCGACGAAAUGGCCAAAGAAGCAAAGAAUAUCAUCACUACGAUUUGUGACGAGCAGUGUACCAUGAGCGAUAAACUACUUCCUAAACAUUGUGCGCAAACUAUUGCUCACUUGGCGAAUAGGAAGAAGAAGGACAAAAACAAGAAAAACACAAUAGCGAUUGUACAGCCGGGCGCGGAGAGCUAUAGGAAGACCAGAGAGGAGCUGACUACGAUGGACAAAUUACACAUGGCAUUAACAGAGCUCUGCUAUGCCAUCAACUAUUGUGCUACUGUCAAUGUGUGGGAAUACACUUUCGCACCGCGAGAAUAUUUACAUCAACACCUGGAAACCCGAUUUUCCAAAGCAUUAGUUGGUAUGGUUAUGUUCAACCAGGACACAAGUGAAAUUGCGAAGCCAUCUGAGCUAUUAGUCAGUGUUCGCGCUUACAUGAAUGUCUUGCAAACAGUCGAAAAUUACGUUCACAUUGACAUUACUAGAGUGUUCAAUAAUUGCCUUCUACAGCAAACGCAAAAUACUGACAGCCAUGGCGAAAAGACUAUUGCGUCUUUGUACACACAAUGGUAUUCGGAAAUCUUACUCAGGAGAGUUAGUGCUGGCAGUAUCUGCUUUUCCAUGAAUCAGAAAGCAUUUGUUAGUUUAACUGCGGAGGGCGCAAUCCCAUUCAAUGCUGAAGAGUAUUCUGAUAUCAAUGAGCUUCGUGCAUUAGCUGAACUCAUUGGCCCAUACGGCAUGAAAUUGUUGAGCGAAACAUUGAUGUGGCACAUUGCUAGCCAAGUCCAAGAGCUUAAAAAGUUAGUAGUACAAAACAAAGAGGUUCUUCAAAUGCUCAGAACAAACUUUGAUAAACCCGAAAUAAUGAGAGAACAAUUCAAGCGGCUGCAACACGUUGAUAACGUAUUGCAGAGAAUGACAAUUAUCGGCGUUAUUUUGAGCUUCAGACAAAUUGCGCAAGAAUCUCUUCUCGAUGUUUUGGAACGCCGCAUUCCGUUCUUAAUUAGUUCAAUAAAAGAUUUCCAACAACAAUUGCCAAGUGGUGACCCAAUGCGUGUCAUAUCAGAAAUGUGUUCGGCGGCUGGAUUGCCUUGCAAGGUAGAUCCUACGCUAGCAUCAGCUCUCCGACAAAACAAGACGGACGUCGAAGAAGAAGAACAUCUGAUUGUAUGUCUAUUGAUGGUAUUCGUUGCCGUGUCUUUGCCGAGACUUGCUCGAAGUGAAGGGUCUUUCUACAGGCCAUCGCUAGAAGGGCAUGCUAACAAUAUUCAUUGCAUGGCGCCAGCAAUCAAUCAUAUCUUUGGUGCUCUGUUUACAAUCUGUGGUCAGGGAGACAUAGAAGAUCGUAUGAAGGAGUUCUUAGCGUUGGCGUCUUCGUCACUGCUGCGACUCGGUCAAGAAACCGACAAGGAAGCUAUUAAGAACCGAGAGUCUGUUUACCUUCUCCUCGACCUGAUUGUUCAAGAGUCUCCAUUCCUUACCAUGGACCUAUUAGAAUCUUGUUUCCCAUAUGUUCUAAUACGUAAUGCUUAUCAUGAAGUAUACAAACAAGAACAAAUGGCGUUGCAUUUAUAAAUUAUUAAGUAACUUGACGAAAGACAAAGCUUCGGUAUAUUAGUUAUUUGUUUUAAUAAUAUCACUGUAGAGACAAAUUUCAAUAUCAUAAGUAUUAAUGAGAGAUAAACUAUGUAACAGUCACCAUUAUUAUAUUCGAAAGUUUAACACUAUCCGAAAAGUUUGGCUUUAAUGAGACUGGCUUACUAUUCCUUUUUUUAUCGAAAUAGUUAUUUGUUUAUGUUUAAUGAUUUGUUAUAAUUAGGCAGUAUAAGUAAGGUCAGUGUUCUAUUUAACAUAAAGAUAUUAAAGUAUUGCAAUCAAUUUAAUAUUACGUAUAAAGUAAGCGUAACCUACAGAGGCAACAAUAAAUGAUUUCAAUAUGAAUUCCGUAGCUGUACAACUCACAAAGAUAACUUAGAUGAUAUGUUUAGGUAAUUAGUUAUAUAAUUGCCUCGAUGCUUUUAAAUGUUUUUAUUAGUUAAUAAGAUAUUCCAAAUUUUUAUUAUAGUUAAUGUACUUUUUAGUAUCAUUUAGACACCGCCUAUACUAUCUGUACUUGUAAUGUCAAUGUUAUAAGCGACACUUUCGCACUCAUAUGUAUAUGUAAUACAAAAACACUGUCGUCAGAUUCUAUAACUAUUAAGAUUUUUAAUUCAUUUUUUAUGUAAAACCUAUUUAAAAGACAAUUUCAGUUUAUAAGCUACUACAAUAGUCAGAACAAUGUUUAGCUACUUUUAGAAUAAAAUAAUGCUAAUCCCACAUUCUAAAUUAAAAAUUAACUUUAUAAUGAUGAGUCAAUAGGAAGUCAGUUAAAAUAAAUCAGAAUGACCACUAUUAAAAUUAUAUUUAUUCUCGUGUGAACGUAUGCCCAAUGAAUAAUAUGAAGUAUGUAUAAUUAAUUUUUCGAUUAUUUUAAAAUGUAUGGACAAAACUCUCCUUGAACACAUUUGUAUACUUCUGUUUAUGGUCUAGCUUGUAAUUAUGAUACUUUUGUACCUUGUAUAUACAGAUAUAUCCUUUAUUAAACUAUUAAAUAAUAUAUUA